AUGCAGCUGCAGGAAGUCAUUGUGAUGACUGUGGCUGGAGGAAUAAAAGGAGGUGCAAUGCUCCCAUGGCCUCAGACCCUGUGGGAAGAUACUGAUGCAGGUGGAAAUGGUCUUGCCUAUGUGGUUGAUGCCCAUGCUGGAACUGCUAAAGGCUACAGGACCCACUACUGCUGGCCUUUGACUGGCCUCACCACUGUCAAGGCUUUAUUUAUAAAGAAGGUAGAAUUUCACAGCAUCGCGCUGCAAUGGCGGAUCCAGCUUUUCAGGUUUGUUGUGGGGAAACCGCACGCAAAUCGAGAGCCUUCAAAAGACUCCUCGGUUGACACUGAGGUCCGUUUGGGGCUGGUGAGCUGGGCCGGGCCUCCGCCUCUCCCCGCCCCCGGGCCGCCAAGGCAGCGGAGGUUGCUCCGCAACUCCUUUAGGGGCCCUGGGACUCCCGGCUGGGCCAGUCCAGCGCUGGGUUGGUGGAGUCUCGUGCACCUCCCGCGGGGCCCUGGACGGGGAUCCCUGGUGCCCAGAGUUACCAACAACUUUCUCCCCUCCCUGGCGCGACGCGGGUGGCUCCGGGAUCGUGGCCGCCGCAGGUUGCUGAGCCCCGGCCCCCCCCCCCCCCCGGCUCCCUGCACUUCGGUGUCAGGCUCCCGGAGGUGGUUCCCUCUCUCGGGGGUGCACCCUGGGGUCCCGGAUCUCGGCUCGGCGGGCGAGAUGCCUCUGGGACACAUCAUGAGGCUGGAUCUGGAGAAGAUCGCCCUGGAGUACAUCGUGCCUUGCCUGCACGAGGUGGGCUUCUGCUACCUGGACAACUUCCUGGGCGAGGUGGUGGGCGACUGCGUCCUGGAGCGGGUCAAGCAGCUGCACUACAACGGGGUCCUGCGGGACGGCCAGCUGGCGGGGCCGCGUGCCGGGGUCUCCAAGCGGCACCUGCGGGGUGACCAGAUCACGUGGAUCGGGGGCAACGAGGAGGGCUGCGAGGCCAUCAACUUCCUCCUGUCCCUCAUCGACAGGCUGGUCCUGUACUGCGGGAGCCGGCUGGGCAAAUACUACGUGAAGGAGAGAUCCAAGUGUCCUCAGUUGCAUGGUGGGAUUCUGAGAAUAUUUCCAGAAGGAAAGUCAUUCAUAGCUGAUGUGGAGCCCAUUUUUGACAGACUUCUGUUCUUCUGGUCAGAUCGUAGGAACCCACAUGAAGUCCAGCCUUCCUAUGCAACCAGAUAUGCUAUGACUGUUUGGUACUUUGAUGCAGAAGAAAGGGCAGAAGCCAAAAAGAAAUUCAGGAGUUUAACUAGGAAAACAGAAUCUGCCCUUGCUAAAGAUUGACUGCUCUGAAAUCUGCUGGCUUCAUUCAUUUUGGAAUGGUUCCUAAACUCUCUUUAAGAGUUGCAAUCCAAAGAUGGCCUCCUCAAGUGACCAUAAAUCCCCGCUACUGCUUGCGUGCUUCCCACCCCUGUCUAGUGCGUCUUCUUGCCAGGUCUGCACCCACCUUGGACGCCCUCUUCACCAGAUGAGCUCAUUUUCUAACUUCAUCGUCAUUGGCCAGCAGUUUAAUUGACAGACUUGGGGAUACCAACUAUCAAAACACGAUCCUGGGACAUCGGAGUGAAUCCCACUUGCACUUUAUGUAUACUUCCUGAUCUGAGAGGAGGUUUUGG